CUUUUAGAGUCUAGACACACACAAAUAUUUGGUUAAACCCUCUGUGAAACAAACAAACGAGCUGCACCAGCGUUAUCCAUUCGCCUUCUCCGUCGCCGCUGUUUCUCUACGCCAGUCAGGAUUCUUGGGUGAAACACCAUGGUAGGCUUUAAGAAUAGAUACCUGGUGAUGGAGGUUUUUGUGGAUCCUAAUAAAGAUUUUUCGCUGGAUGAACCCAUUAUAAUCACCCAAUUCAAUUUAUCUAAAGCCAUCAAAGAUAGCAUUCUCACAAACUUUGGGGAAUGUGGUCUAGCCUCAUCUACAAAUUCGUUUCAAGUAAAGUAUGUGAACCCAAUAACAAAAGUCUGCAUAUUUAGAACUUCAAGAGAGGAGUAUCAAAAAGUAUGGGCUGCAAUUACCAUGGUUAGGAGUAUAGGAAACUGUCCUGUGGUUUUCAACCUUCUUGACCUUAGUGGAAGUAUCAAGGCCUGCAAACAAGCUGCUCUGAAGUGUGAUGAGUCAAAGUUUGAACAGCACAAACUAUUGGCUGGGGAACGCCUCCCAGCCGAUGCCCACCAGCGCAUGCAAAAUUGCAUCGAGAAGAUCAAAGCGUUGGAGCACUAAUACUAAGUGUACAGUUUGAUGAAUGGGAGGUUUAGCAAUAGUACUUUUGCAUUACAUUAUUUACUUUUCUUUGAACAUUUUCUGGCCACAUUUCUUUGGUAUUACUCUAUGUAGUGUUAAUGUCCACCCUUUCGGUUGUGGUAAUUGGGAUUGAUUUUGUACCCAAGAGGAAAGAGGCAAGGAAUUUUUCGCUGCAUAUUGUUGCAGAUGGAAAACAUAUAUACUCGUGAUAUCCCUUAAUGGAUAAUGAUAAAACAUGCUGUUAUGCAAUUACAUUAAUCAAACGGGAGCCAGACUUUCACCAAACUGAUAAACAUCUCGAGAAUCAAAUUGCAGGGCAUCUACCUGGUAAAACGUUUGGCUUGUCAAAUCAACAAGCUGCUCAAAACUCCUAUCGAGAAACUUGUAAGCCGUUAUUUUUCCGGGGACGUGGAAGACCAAAUCUAUAAGAAACUCAAUAUAUGAAACAUACCUCGGAACCAUCAAAAUCCGUCGUGGUACUUCAACAACCACUGCAAAGAAUCCACUGAGAGUUUCCGCUGUUGAUUUGUCUCCAAGUUCCAACAUUAUCAUAAAAUGGUGCCAAUGUCCAUUUGGCUCUUGGAGGUGGAUAUGACAAGCUGUGCCUUCACCACGCUCGGGGCAGGAAGUUUGGACAUAAGGUAACCUUCCGAUGAUAUUUUUAUCAAGAUCGAAGUACAUAUGGGUAAAAAGAAGGUUUUCCAAGUGAAUCGCAUUGUUCCAGUUUACUCCAUGAGAGAACUGCGUUGUUAUAUAAGCUAUAAAUGCCUCUAAACAGAGUUUCCAAGAUUGAGUCUUUGAGUUGUAAACCUCGAUCUGACAAUAUUGUAAAGCACUUGAAGGACACCUCUCAGCACCCCCAACACAAACAAUCUUGUAAUGAGGUGAUUUGAAGGAUCAAACGCUAAGUUGAGCCCCAGAACAUUGGUGUACUUUUGGUCAUUAUUAGUAAGAUUGAAUUUUUUGGAUUGCUUAGUGGUGGAGUUGUAAACAUAGUAAUCCUUCUGGGGUUAAUCAGAUUGCAGCGACAGCAACCCAUUGCAAGAACUCAAGAUUUUGGGAUUAGGUAUAGUGAAAUGACAAGGGAUCAUCUUUGCACCAUCGAGGAGUGGAUGAAAGUAAAAGAACUGUGAGGCACGCAUGUGGAGAAUGAGAGAGGGUUGGAGUUUGAGGUGGCAUAGAGUGUGGAGACGAGAGAACUGAGGAGCGGAGAUAAGGGAGAGCCAGUGUUUGCUUACCGAUUUGAAUGUCAUCCUGCCUCUCACUGAGGAAGAGCGAGAACUCAUUUUGCAAAGAAUAUCGUCCUAAUUACCUAAUGGAGUUUCACGAGAAGGUUAUACAAACAAAGAAGGGGUGGCAUCAUUGCCACCAAUGUGUUCCAAAUAAAUCAAAACAAGGUAUAUAAAUAUAUUAAAGCUUACGCAACUGUCAUGGAACACAACAAAUAAGAAGUCUUACUGACCUUGGAUUAGGUACAGCCAAAGAGUUGUCAUUCCACAAGCUAUUGUCAUAAUAAGAACAAGGAUACAAUAUACUGCAAACAGCUUAGAUGCUGAUUAUGGAUUCCACUCAAGAUUCAUUCAGAUAAGAUAAUGGUCUCCACCCAAUUGAAAUUUUGAGACAAUCUCAAGAAGAAUCAACCACCGAGAAUAACAAUCAAGCAGUAGCUAGAGUCCCAAUGAAUUGAAAAGUUGACUGAGACGCAAAUUGAAUACCACUCUCCUGGUAAAAGGGCUCCCCUUUGAAAUUGAUAAGCUCCUUGACACUCCUGUCUUGAAACUUGUAAGCCAUAAUCUUGCUCGGCUCAUGAAGAACUAACGUGCUAUCUUCUUCACUGUCUCUCCUAAUGAUACUCAGUACGGAAACUGGCCCAGUAGCUCUUUCAAGAUGAAUAUGAUACCUUAAUGACCACUGAGAGUAACCAUUUUGCAGUUCGAAGACCAUUACCGAUUUCUCUUCCCGAAAAUGGGCAAUAUAAUGCAGAUAGCCAUUGGAUUCUACAUAGUGGUCGAUGAAAUUCUCUCUUCUGGUGUCCUCUGGAAGCAUAACCCCCGGAUGUUCUCUAAUAGUACUCU